AUGGCUAUCGAACUCAGGGGUAAAGCUCUCAUCUCUAUCAUCCUGCUAGCCUCCGGGCUCGACUUUCUUCUGUUCGGCUUCGAUCAAGGACUCUUCGGAGGUGUCCUAGCUGGCGAUGGCUUCAAGCGUAUGCUCGGCAAUCCAUCAGCUACUCGUACUGGGCUUGUCACUGCUAUCUACGACAUUGGCUGUGCUCUUGGUGCUGUUAUGGCUUUCCUCAUUGGCGACAAGGUCGGUCGCAAGAGAAGCAUUGUGUACGCCAACAUCAUCGUCAUCAUUGGAGCUGCCAUCCAAACAGCCAGCUUUUCAUACGCUCAGAUGUGUGUUGCCCGAGUCAUCGCUGGAGUUGGCGUGGGUUUCUCCACUGUCGCUGUUCCGAUCCUGCAGAGCGAGACGCUACCUAGUCGCAACCGUGGUGCUCUUCUCGUCGUUCAAUCAGCGCUCAUCAUCAUCGGCGUCGCUCUGGCUUCUUGGUUGUGCUUUGCCACUCUCUAUUCAAUAUCAAGCUUCCAAUGGCGCUUUCCCAUCGCCUGUCAAAUGCUUUUCUCCGGUAUUGUUCUUUGUCUCACACCAUUCCUGCCUGAGACGCCUCGCUGGCUUGCUGAAAACGGUCGCACCGAAGAAGCUCGCCAUAUCCUUGCUCGCCUGGAAGAUAAACCAAUUGAACACUUGGAUAUUACAAACCAGCUCAAUGAGAUCUGCGAAGUCAUCGCCAUCGAGCAAGAGGCUGGAGAUGCGACGUGGGGCGAGGUGUUCACCAACUCGACCAAGUCGAGGAAUUUGCACCGCGUUCUCCUCGGCAUGGGUCCUUACAUGAUGAACCAAUGGUCUGGCAUCAGUAAGUCUACCAUUUAUGUUNAUGCCCUUUGCUACUAUCUCGCAUACAUCCUCGAGAACUACCUCGGCUACAGCCCAAGUAUGGCUCUGAUCCUCGCCUCUGUCGCCUUUACCCAAUACGCCGUCUUCUCCUGGCCCCCAUACUUUUACAUCGACCGCUUAGGCCGCCGCUGGACCGUCAUUCUUUCCAGCAUCGGCUGUGCAGCAUGCAUGGCCAUCAUCGCCGGCGCCCUCGUCAACCCCACCCACACAAACUCCAUCGUUGCCGUCGCCUUCAUGUUCCUCUUCAUGGACUGCUUCACCCUCGGCAUCCUCCCCGUCAGCUGGUCUUACUCGGCCGAAAUCCAACCCCUCCGUGUUCGCAACAAGGCAACUGCAGUAGGUGUUUUUGGCCACUGGAUGAGUAAUUUCGUGGUCGUCAUGGUGACGCCGAUUGGAUUGUCUAAUAUUGGGGGUAAUUACUUUUGGGUAUGGGCGAUUGUGAAUGCGAGUUUUGUGCCGUUGACGUGGUUCUUUGGUGUUGAGACUAGUGGGAGGAGUCUGGAGAAGAUUGAUCAUAUGUUCUUCGAUGAGCCGCGGGUGUGUAUGGGACUGAACAAGAGUCAUACGAGGGUUAUCAACAAGGAGAUGUAUGAUGAGGAGAGGAGGUUGAGUGUCGCUGGACAUGAGAAGAAGAUGGAUGUGGAGCAGAUAUCGGUGGCGAGCAAGUAA